AUUCAUCAAAGUGUUUACUUGAAAAGUCAGUGUCUCUCCGACUGUCUGUGUUCGCGCAGCAUACCGGUGUCCUUCGUCAUCCUUCGACGCAUGAAGACCGGCGCGUCGUCCAGCAGCUUACGAUAGUGGCGUCUGAUACGAUCCAUUGCCGCAACAGUACAGCACUGUAGUCGGCGCCAAUAGCAAGGAGAGAAUCUAACCAACGACGUAUUGUUCCUGCCGUCUUGUGACCAGACUUACUCGAUCCGGCUCAGAUGAUGGAUCAACGACGGGUGACUCCCUCAGGCACCAGUCAUCGCCCGCCGAAGCCGCUGCGCAUCCUUGCCUGCGUACUUUGCCAACAGCGCAAAGUCAAAUGCGAUCGCAAGUUCCCAUGCAACCACUGUCUCAAGGCGAAAGUACAAUGCGUGCCUGCUCAGCAGAUGCCGCGGCGACGGAAGAGGCCAACCGAGCAAGAACUGACGCAGAGGCUACGACAGUAUGAAGAACUGUUGAGGAAAAACAACAUCGCGAUCAAUAACGCAGAUGGUAUGGAUACAGAGGAUCUGACUGCUGAAAGUUGGGUCGAGCCAGAAUCAUCAACAAGUCAAAAACAUCUUGACAGUGUUGCAAAUGUCGAUGCCCAGAGCGAAGACCAAAGCACAGGCGAGAUCAAAAACUUUUGGGAUGCAAUGCAUCAAAGGGCACCGAAUUCACUAGACGUGACCGGAAAAGCAAAUGUUGAUAACAACUUCGGCCAAGCUACUUUUGACGAUCUCUCGGAACCAGUCAUCGUUAAGGUCUGGGGACGCGUUUACGAGAGCGAUCACAAUCAUCUGUUCGGCGACACCAAGAUCACUGUAGCUUUGUCGACUUUACAUCCGAGUCACAUACACAUAUUCAAGCUUUGGCAAAUCUACUCGGAGAACGUCAACCCGUUGAUCAAGGUCACACAUGGCCCAACCUUACAGGCGCGGAUCCUUGAUGCUGCGGCCGACCCCACGGGCAUCAGUAACGAGCUCGAGGCACUCAUGUUCAGCAUCUACUGUGCCGCACUUAUCACGCUAGCCGAGGGAGAGUGCCGCGACACGUUUGGAGAAGCCAAGGCGAAGCUUCUGGGUAGGUAUCAAGAUGCCUGUCGCCAAGCCCUCAUCAAUUGUGGGUUUCUGCGUUCUAGAGACCGAGAUUGUUUGACAGCAUACUUCUUGUACUUGAUCUCCCUAAGACCUGACACAAAUCCCCACACCUUAUUUCCAAUGUUUGCCAUCGCCUUCCGAAUUGCAUCUCGGAUGAACAUCUGCAACGAAGCCGCCAAUACUAAGCACGGCAUAUUUGAAGCUGAGAUGCGUCGUCGACUUUGGUGGGCGAUGGUUGUAUACGAUAGCCGCAUAUCUGAAAUGACCGACUACAAAACAACGCAGCUGAUACCACUAUGGGAUUGUAAGAUACCUUUAAACGUCAACGACUUUGAUCUGAGACCGGAGAUGACCGCUACGCCAGCGGAUCAGGACGCAUUGACUGAAGCCCUGUUCGCCGUUGUGCGCGGCGCAAUCGGGAACUUCAUCAGACACAACGCCUGGCACCUCGACUUCAUCAACCCAAUGCUCAGACACAUUGCCAAGGCGACGCAGCAUCGAUUCGAUCCAAAUGACGACAACAUGAAUGGCCUUGAGCAUAUCAUCGAGAAUCAAUACCUUCGGCACUGCAACCCGGAGAAUCCGCUACACUACAUCACGAUAUGGUGGGCGCGGAACUACCUUGCUAAGUACCGGUUUUUCCUCCACUGCUCCCAGCACUCGAAGUCGCCAGACAGCCAACCCACGGAACAGCGCGACAAGAUUAUGUCUUACGCCCUUCGCAUGCUCGAAUGUGACACAGCGCUUAACACAUCGCCGCUAACCAGAGGCUACUCAUGGCUCAUCCAAUUCCACUUCCCAUUUCCAGCGUACGUGCGCGUCGUCCAAGACCUGCGCUCUCGACCAGCCGGACCGCAAGCCGACAAAGCGUGGGAAAUCAUGAAUGCGAACUACGCCGUGCGCUUCAUAGAUAUGGAGGCGAGCACUAAUUUACUAUUCAAGAUGUUUGCCUCCACGGUGUUGCAAGCUUGGGCUGCAAGGCAUGCUGCGCUGUUCGGACAAGAUCAUGCCGAAGGUACGAGGAUGAUCAUUGAUAUCAAGAGAAAAUUGGGACAGCUGUCAUCACUGAACGCGAAUGCAGACGGUACGAUCGCUCCCGCGUAUGCAGGUGUGGCUAUGCUUCCACGCAGCGAUGCGCAGCAGCUCGCUCUCAGCAGCCAGUCGCUGUCUGGGCAAGAACGGGUCAACUACUUCGAUCCGAGUUUGGCAGAACUGAAUUCAGAUUUAUUAGAGAUGGAGUGGGGCAAUGUUGACUGGAGUGCAAUGAGCGGCAUGGGGAGUUUGGAAUGGCCAAAUUGACGGUCCUGAUCUCGGUCUAACUUAGCCAUCAUUAAACAAGUCU